CUCUCGGCAGCCAUGCGUUUCCGCUCUCGGUUUGCCCGCUCCGGAAGUUGCCGUUAGAGCUAGCGUGGUGGGUGCUGUGGUCCUUGUCGGGUUCCGCCAUGGCGUACAGGGGCCAGGGCCAGAAAGUGCAGAAGGUGAUGGUGCAGCCCAUCAACCUCAUCUUCAGAUACUUGCAGAAUGUACUUCGGGGUGGCCUUGAACUCAAUAGAAAUCCUCCUGCAUCGGUCUCCCAAAUGCUGGGAUUACAGAGAUCCCGGAUUCAGGUGUGGCUAUACGAGCAAGUGAAUAUGCGGAUAGAGGGCUGUAUUAUUGGUUUUGAUGAGUACAUGAACCUUGUUUUAGAUGAUGCAGAAGAAAUUCAUUCUAAAACCAAGUCAAGAAAACAACUGGGUCGGAUCAUGCUGAAAGGAGAUAAUAUUACUCUGCUGCAGAGUGUCUCCAACUAGAAAUGAGCAGUGAAUUAAGACAGCAGUGAGAAGCAAUGGCAGGCAAUUAAGAUAAAUGUCCAUUACAGUGUGUACCCAUAUAAAAAAGGCAGCUGAUUAAGUGGUUUGCCUGGGGAGAAAUGUAAAAUGUUUGUUCAUAUUGUUUUGUCUACCCUUAUGUUUUUACUGGGGGCAAUAAAUGUAGGGUUGUUUUUAUUAAAAAAUGAUAUUGUUUCUUUCUGUUCAGUGUUAAAAACCUGCUACCUGCUACUUAUUGGCACUAUUAGUAUUGAUAUUUUAAAGUUUCUGAAGUUAGCAAUUGCCCUGGGCUUUUGCUUUUCUCAGGAUAUAAAGUAGAAAGCAGGAACUCUUGACUGGUAAGCUUCCAGGAUUGGGUGGCAAGAAAAGGCAGGCUUCACAAAAAUAAAGCUAUCCUGCUAAUUA